AUGGCAGUGCUAGAUGAGAUUGAGGGAGAAAACAGUGAGAUGUGUGAAAUGGACAAAGAUUGGGAUGAACCGCUGCAGGUUGAACCCUCAACAGUUCAACCUUCUAGUGCAACCACAUCAGUUGAAAUUGUGAAUACAAAAGAGUUCAUAAGUCCCAUGUUGGUGGGGCCAUAUGCACCAUGUGUUGGAAAUUUGGUGGUUUAUUACCGAGGUCAGUGGAACUCCGUUUGUAGUAGCCUGUGGGAUUCGGCUAAUGGAAAGAUUGUCUGCAAGCAAAUUGGCUGCGGUUCUUAUCACACAACGUCUACAAAUCCCAUUACACAAGAAACAGGACCUAUGUUACUGGAUAAGAUUCAGUGCAAAGGAACAGAAUCUUCAUUGUCGGAGUGUGCACUCAAUUCUUCCGGCCAGCAGAAGUGCGAAACUGGGACGAGUGUACUCAUUUUCUGCAAAGUGGAACAAAAUGUGAUUCUCGAGGAUGGAGAUAGCCCUUGUGCUGGGAGAGUUCAAGCUGGCAGCUUUAAUGCAUGGGGUAUCAUCUGUGGUCGAAGGUGGGAUAUGAAUGAUGCUCGUGUAUUGUGCAAAUACCUCGGAUGUGGUGAUGCAGUAUCAGCAUCUGGGAAUUCUCAAUUUGGAGCUGGCAAUUGGCCUGUGCUUAACUUUGAAAUUGGCUGCAAUGGCAGUGAGGAAGACCCCUGGAAGUGUGAAUUGAAGCAGUUGGCUCACAAUAACUGUUCCGGUGAAGUGGAAGGAGCUGGUGUCAUUUGUUCAGGUAACUCUCCUGUCUGAAACAGUGAAAACCAUGUGCUACCACUUUUUGAGAUUGCACACAGUUUACAUGAAAACGCAACAU